AUGGAGCAUUUACCAGAGUUCAACGAUUUGUUGGAGGCUUUUACCAUUCUAAAGUAUUUCAAUAUUGCGGAGAAUAAACUUACUCACUUGCCGCAGGAUAUAUUUAGAAAUAAUGUCGGUUUAGAGGUGAUUGAUUUAGCAGACAAUGAAUUAACGACCGUCGAGUUCAAUUUGAUUCAUUUGAAGAUGCUAAGGUUAUUGAAUAUUGCUCGAAAUCGUAUAAAACUCAUAGACGGCAAGGCGCUAGCAAACGUGCAGUUGCUUCUUCGAACACGUGCUUCCGCCGGAAGUAACUAUUCAACUGUCAUUGAAAUGGCCGAAAACCCAUUUAUAUGUAGUUGCGAAAGUGUCAAAUUUAUGAAAUGGAUAAUUUCGGUUGUUCAACAACACACUGGAAAAAAAUAUCUGUGUAAAAUGGAAAAUGAAGAAACAGAAAUCAACAAUGAUUCGUUACACCUUGCGAAGUUUUCAUGUUACAGAGCAACUGUAAUAAUAUGUGCAUCAAUUGCAAGUCUUAUAGUCAUUGCAGUGGCAAUUCUUUUAACAAAGGUUAUAUUAAUGCGGAAAAGAAUGCAAAAAGAGAAAUAUCAGCGAAAACUCUUUCUGAAAGACUUUCGGAAGGGUGUCUUGACAGAACAAUAUUUGUGUCAGAUCUCGUAUUCAAGUGAAGACGAAAUGUGUGCCCUUGAUAUUAUUCAUGCCAAUUUAAACAUUGUUUUAAGUAGAAAGUGUCGUUUUAAGCGUGAAAUCAUUAGCACUGGAGAUAAAAACUUUUGUUUAGGACGGCCGAUAGUUGAUGAAAUUUUUCGCUGCAUUUCCAAAUCCUGCGUUGUCGUAUUUGUUAUUUCAAAAUCGUUCUGUGAAAGUCGUUGGUGUGAAAUGGAACUGCGAGAAGCUUAUGAAAUGGAUAAACCAAUCAUUCUGAUUUUCAAAGAGACGGUAAAAUCAAGUCUAAUGCCAAAAUUAUUACUUACACUUUUCAACAAAAUAACAAGAGCCAAACUGGUAGAAAACGAGGGAGAGUACUCACUUAUUCCAGACUGGGAAAAUCUUAGUGAAUCUAUCAUCAAACUAGCUAUAGAACAGUUUAUAGCUGAACAAUCGACUUUGUGA